AUGGAGUUUUUCGAAAAGGCGCAUGCUGUAAAAAAUAAAUAUGUUCCCAAAAAAGAGACCAAAACAGAAGAUAAAAUAAAAAAACAACUUAAGCAAAUGUUGUAUGGAUAUAAGAAAAGUGAUAAUGAACUUAUAAGGAAAUCAGAAAAUGUUAUAGACGAUUAUGAUUCUGCUUCGGUUAGCAGCUUUUCCGAUUUAGAUCUUACUAGUUCGGAUAAUGGAACUACUAAAGCUACAUUAGACAGUAGUGAUCUUGAUUCAUUGUCUAAUUUAACAGAAGAUGGUGCCGAUUCAUCUUCUAAAAUUUCUCUUGUAGAAGAGAUUUCAUUAAAUAAAGACAGUAGUGAAUUAACAGCUGUUGAUGAUUUAAUUUCCGACGGCAAAAAUGAAAAAGAGGCAUCAUCUGACGCACUUGAAGAAGAUACAUCUUUGCUUUUGAGUGGAGAUCUUUUAAGCCUUUGCUCAUCAGAUGAAUCUGAGUCCAGUAAGUCAAGUUUAUUUGAUGUUGAUGGGGCUUUAGCUUCUAAAAUUCACGAAAGGCUAAAAAAUAUAAAAAACGAGCCUAAAGAUAAAUCAAAAAGAAAGUAUAUGGAAAAUACCAAUGUUACUGGAGACGAGCAAGGAUCAGGGGACGAACACUUGCCAAGUGCAAAAGAUAAGCAUGUAGUACAAACAAAAAGAUCAAAAAAAGUUAGUCAUAUUUCAGAAAGAAUUACAGGGGUUGUAAUUUCAGAUCAAGAUUUAAUGAAAAAUGAAAACAUUUUAUUUCACAGAAAUAAUGCUUUGGAUUCUAUUAUACCAUCACCACCAUUUGUAUCCAUAAAAGCCAAAAAUGUAAGUAGUCAGAAUCUUAAUGACAUUAUUGGUCAAUAUAGAUAUGCAACUAUUAAAAAUAUUACUUCAGAUCAAUCCAAUAUUACAUUAUCUAAUUUUAAUUCAACGAAUGAUUGGAAAGUUGAAGAUAUUAAUUUAGAGGCAGACAAAGAUGAAGUAAAUAGUUUAGAUCCAGAAUUAGGAACGGAAAUAAAUGUUAAUGAUAUUGAAAUAGAUUUAACAGAUUCAGAUAACAGCUCUCAGCCUCAUAAUGAAAGUUUUACUAUCAACAAUGACACUAUUGAGUCUGAAGAAAUCACUGAAAUGGACAAUUUAAGUGAAAGCGAUGGAAACUCAACAGAAAAUCUCCAAAUAUUUUGUGGAGAAAACUGCUACAUUGUUGUUUUAAGACAUCCCUCAAAUCUUUUUAUUCAUGGCAAAGUAAUCAUAAAAAGGUUAGGAGGAACUGCACAAAUAUAUGGCUAUAAUUUACAAGAUAAGCCAUGUGAAGUGUAUGCACCAUUUCAUAAUUUUGCUCAGUGUAUAAGGACUGUGGAGUCUAAUAAUGAUUACUAUGGUCUCUUCAACAAAUUGACCACAAAUGGAUUAUCUGUUGCCGAAGCAGAAGGAAUUGUUACUACGCUUGGCAGUUAUGAUGUAAUAGUAGCUUUAGAAAAACUGCAAAGUAUAAAAAUGGACUUUGUGGAAAAUAAUUUCAAUGUCACCAAUUUAUUUAGUCGAUCGAAUGAGAAUAUUGAAGAUCGUUUAAAGAGGGCAUCAGAAGAUCUAUGCUGUUCUUUAUAUUCAUCUCAACCUUAUAAGCACCUCGAAGAGAGCCCAAAUUGGCAGCAAGCUGUUAGUUUUGGAUUUAAUGACCGAAGUAGAGGAAUAGUUUGUGGUGGUAAAGGAGCAGGCAAGUCAACAUUCCUCCGUUACUAUGUGAACCAGUUGCUUAGUCGAGGACCUGUACUUGUGGUUGACUUGGAUCCCGGGCAGUGUGAAUUUACAGUAGCCGGUAACAUAUCUGCUACUAUUGUCAAAGAACCACUUCUUGGACCCAACUUUACACAUUUGAAGAAACCAGAAAUAAUGUUAAAUGUUGGUAUGAUUAGCACAAUGGAUAAUACAAGGCGGUACAUAUCCGCAGUAGAUUCUCUUAUUACCCGCUGCUCUAACGACGAGCGGUUAAGUAACAUGCCAUGGAUUGUCAACACGAUGGGCAUGUGCAAUGCAAUUGGGUUGAAAUUUAUUUGCUUCAUUAUACUUCGCACUCAACCGACAUUUCUCUUACAAAUUGAACUACAAGCUUUAAGGAAAAACUUCGAGUUUCGCUUAAUACCGCAGAAAAUUGAAGAAUUAUACGAGGAAUUUAAAAAUGAUCGAUUGUUUGAACAAUUGUCACGGCCUGAUCAAUUAUUGUACUCGUACAUUAUAUCGCCGGCGGAGACGUAUCGUGUCAACACUCAUAUGGAAACUCACAAUUUCUCUUUGGCGCCAAGGGACGAAAGAUACCUAAAUAUCUUGGCGUAUUUUGGUGAACUAUUGCAUGUUCAAAAAUGCAAUAAUCUGUUAGAGAUUACUCCUUAUUCGGUGCGUUUACAAGAUUUAUUCGUCGUAACGAACAUCAAGACUCAAAAAGAAUCAAUUACUAAGGUGCUAAAUGGCAAAGUAGUGGCACUUUGUCAACAAACACAGUGUGAUAAAACAGCAAAGGUGUUUACACUAGGCGAUAAACCUAUGCUCUCUCAUGGACAUGGCCUUAUUCGUGGUGUUGACUGGGAAAAGGAUGUCAUAUAUGUGAUCACUCCAAUAUCACCAAAUGAUUUGGCUUUAGUUGACACAAUUCUGUAUUGUGAUUGGGUUCCAGAAUUACGGGGACAAGAGAAGAACCUCCCGGAGGGCACUGUAAUUCCUUAUAGGACACAAAGUCAGUUCCAACAAAGACAACUCAUGUUUGCACCUCGUAGGAGAUUCAAUCCCCUUCAGUUAUUGAAGAUGUCAAGGAAUUCCUAA